UGAGACCACAUAGAUUUUUAAUGCCAUUUAAUUAUUUUGUAGAAACGUAUUUUUAUAAAUGAGGCCAUCAAAAUCACUACGUUCAGUUAGAUCAUCCCGUUCCAGUAUAUCCAUGAGGCUUGCACCAGAUGCACCUCGGGUCACGGUGGAAUUUGAGAAACUCUUACCGACGGCUUGUGGAAAGCUUAAUUGUCCUUAUACUAUUGUUGUUCAACGAAACCAGCAAAAUGAUGAUUUUUACAGAAAUUUAGUUGGUAAAGAGAAACGCCUGUCACAGAAGCGUAUUCAGUCAGCAAAACUUCCCACUGAAAGACUUCAAAGUGAAAACAGCACUAGCCCUGGAAGCGAAACAUCGUCAGCUAUCAAAACAAGUGAUGCUAAAGACAUAGUUGUAAUAAAUUCAAUUUACGAUAACUUUAACGCAUUGGUAGAAAUACAAAUGAAAAGACUCAAAAAUUUACCCCGGAUUAUGUUGAAAGUAAUAGGACUAUUAGCAAUUUAUUACAAAAACUUAACUAAGUUGUCGAUUUAUCAAUGUAAAAUUGAUGGGUACACUAUUUACGAGGUACGCAAAAUCAUUGAAUCAUCUUUAAUUACGAAUAUAUGUCUAGAUGGGUCAUGGCUACCAGAAGGUAACUAUCCCAUAUUAUUGGACUCAAAGAAAAUCACGACACUAUCGCUAUGUAGAUGUGGAAUUAAUGAUAACAUUAGCAAAAUCAUAGCGUCUAAAUUGUAUAAAUCAGAAAAUGGAGAACUUUUGACUGUUUUAAAUCUGUCUUCAAACGAUAUAAGUGACACGGGAGUGAAGUAUCUUGCAGAUUCACUAAGAACUAAUAGAUGUUUGAAAUAUUUAAAUUUGGCUGACAAUCAUAUUACUGAUGAAGGCGCAAUAAGCUUGUUAAAUAUAUUAAAGGAAUACCCAUUAACAGAUGAAGAGAUUAUAAGCAAACGACAAAGGCAUAUAAAAUUCUUGAGAAAAGAAGCACUGUAUUUGCAAUAUAUGAAUGAAUCUGACAACACAUCUUCUAAGUCUGCGAAAAAAAAACUUCUUGGACCAGCAGCAGUUUCAGUUAAAGUACAAAACACUAAGAAAGGUCAACUCCAAGAUAUCAAACAAAUUGGUGUAUUUCAUGAUCCAUUUCAAAGAGAAAAUAUUGUAGUAAGGGAUGGAAUUUCAUACUGCACUGGAAAUACAAGUUUAUGUUACAUUAAUAUAGCCUACAAUAAUGUUAGUUUCAUGACAUUAAAAAAAUUAAAAAGUGUUUUAGAAUAUCAAAAUGCUAAAAUAAAAAAUGUAUUGGAGACAGGUUUGUUAAAGAUAGUUUUGGAGGGGAAUAACUUACCAUUAAAAUGUGCAGAAAUGAGUGAGAUAAGUGAAUUGUUACGAAAAAAUUUAAACAGAUUUAGUCAAAAACAUGUUGAAAGAAAAAGAAGUGAAAGGGUUACACUAACAUUAUAAUAAUGAACAAAAAUAUUUAAAUGUUUUAUUUAUUUACAUAAACAUUCGUACCACGAUAUAAUAUAAUUUUAUUUCAUUACACUAAACUAGUACGAAAUAAUUUUAUGGUUUAGGUAGAUACCUUGAGAUGGUGUCAUUGGUAACUUUUGAAUCACAAUCUAAGAAUAAGUUUAUACAAUAUAAAAAUAUGUGCUAAGUCUAAAAUACUGAAUGCCAUAACUACGCACGCUUACAACGAAAAUCUUCAUCAGCACCAACAUCUUCAUCUGUCAACGUGCUCUAAACUGGAUUUAAAAAAAAUCUUAAAUGAGUCCGGACGGCGUACAUAAGUUUA